UCAGCGCCACACUUCACUCAGUUUGCGCCAGGAAUAGUUCUGCUAACGAGCCAUAUUACGCGGACAGAACUCAGCCGUGAACGGAUUUUCUGUGCGCUAUCAACAUGUUUAAUUCCAAAAUGUAGGCAUAUUGUUUCGUCGAACAAGUUGUUCUGGCCAAUGCGCGCGUAAAUCCGCAUUUGGGUGUUUUACGCACAGACCUCUGUGUGUGUGGGUUUUUUUUUGUUUGUUUUUUUCACUUUUCUCUCAACUUUUGCAGGUAUGUUUUCAUUUGUUUACGCCUUUUUAUGUUUCUGCGCCCUGGGCUGCCGGCAGCAGGCGAGCAGCCAAGCGGACGACGGUAAAAGGUACAUUUGCCGCGCGGUGCCGCUCAUCGGCGACGCCACCAGCUGCCCGGUGACCUUGUUACCUGAAGCCAGCGCCGGUGGACAGGAAGAAGAGCUGCGUAACACCGUCAUGCAGCUACGGGAGACCAUUCUGCAACAGAAAGCAACCAUUUCCAAACAGAUAGGCACCAUCAACGAGCUGACCACCAAACUAUCCCUGUGCGCUUCCACAAGCGAUGAUCGCAAGUACGAGAAGGGAGCUUCUUGGGGUAAAGAGAAACAAAACACCAUGGGAGAUGUCCCAAGAGAUCCAAAUGACACUAUUGAGAAUCUCGGCAAAACAAUGCAAGGGCUCAAGGAUCGGUUGGAGAACUUGGAGCAACAGCAGAUGCGGGCCAACAUAUCCGGCGCGCCCUUCCCCAGCGAGCUGCGUGACUUGCUGCAGCGUCGCCUGGUCGAGCUGGAGAAACAGCUCCUGAAGAAGGUCAGCAACCUGGAGGCGGAGAAGAGCAUGCUCUCCAACGCCACGGCGGCGUACCGGAUGAAGACGGAGAGCACGCUCAACGCCCUUGUGGAGAGAAUAAGCGAGCUGGAGAAAGGAGGUGAAGACUUUAAGUCCCCCGAGCAGUUCAAACUCUCCCUCCCCCAACGUACAAACUACUUGUACGGCCGCAUCACCAAAAGCCUCCCUGAGAUGUACGCAUUCACGCUCUGCAUGUGGAUCAAAUCCAGCGCCAGCCCAGGCAUAGGGACACCAUUUUCCUACGGUGUUCCCGGACAAGCCAAUGAGAUCGUACUGAUCGAAUGGGGAAAUAACCCGAUUGAGCUGCUAAUCAACGAUAAGGUUGCCCAGCUGCCUUUGGAGGUACGCGACGGAAGGUGGCAUCACAUCUGCAUCUGCUGGACCACAAGGGAUGGCCAAUGGGAGGCUUACCAAGAUGGGGUAAAACAAGGGACAGGAGAUAACCUGGCGGCGUGGCACCCUAUCAAACCAGGAGGGGUGAUCAUCCUGGGACAGGAGCAGGACGUUGUAGGUGGACGCUUUGAUGCUGGACAGGCGUUUGUGGGCGAACUGAGCCAAGUUAACAUUUGGGACCGCGUUCUGAAGCCGGCGGAGAUCCAGUCUAUGGCCAACUGUACGUCGUACACGCCUGGUAAUGUGAUCUCGUGGGUAGCCAGCAACGUGGAAGUGUUUGGGAGGGGAGCCUUCAAGAGGCCCUUGGAGAUGUGUCAGGAGCGCCUGCCUAAUACCUAAACACUUAUUAUAUAGCCUUUGCCUUUAAUUAGUUGCUUUUCCCAUGCAUUCACCAUUUUUGUCUAAGUACUGCAUAUGGAAGCUAUGUGUAAUAAGUAUUUUAAGUGUUGUACGUAUAGUGUUGGAUGUGCAAAUUACAAACCCCGGUUCAAUAUGAGAUGGCAAAUUGUGUUAGAUGUAAAUAUAAACGGAAUACAAUGAUUUGCAAAUCAUUUUCAACCCAUAUUCAGUUGAAUAUGCUACAAAGACAACAUAUUUGAUGUUCUAACUAAUAAACAUUUUUUUUUGCAAAUAAUCAUUAACUUUAGAAUUUGAUGCCAGCAACACGUGACAAAGAAGAUGGCAAAGGUGGCAAUAAAUACUGAUAAAAUUGAGGAAUGCUCAUCAAACACUUAUAUGGAACAUCCCACAGGUGUGCAGGCUAAUUGGGAACAGGUGGGUGCCAUGAUUGGGUAUAAAAGCAGCUUCCAUGAAAUGCUAAGUAAUUCACAAACAAGGAUGGCGUGAGGGUCACCACUUUGUAAGCAAAUUGUCGAACAGUUUUAGAACAACAUUUCUCAACGAGCUAUUGCAAGGAAUUUAGGGAUUUUACCAUCUACGGUCCGUAAAAUUAUCAAAAGGUUCAGAAAAUCUGGAGAAAUCACUGCACAUACGCGAUGAUAUUACGGACCUUUGAAUCCUCAGGUGGUACUGCAUCAAAAAAUGACAUCAUUGUGUAAAGGAUAUCGCCACAUGGGCUCAGGAACACUUCAUAAAACCACUGUCAGUAACUAUAGUUGGUCGCUACAUCUGCAAGUGCAAGUUAAAACUCUGUUAUGCAAAGCCAAACCCAUUUAUCAACAACACCCUGAAACGCCGCUGGCUUUGCUGGGCCCAAGCUCAUCUGAGAUGGACUGAUGCAAAGUGGAAAAGUGUUCUGUGGUCUGACGAGUCCACAUUUCAAAUUUAAUUUGGAAACAGUGGACGUGGUGUCCUCCAGAACAAAGAGGAAAAUAACCAUUCAGAUUGUUAUAGGCGCAAAGUUCAAAAGCCAGCAUCUGUGAUGGUACGGGGGUGUAUUAGUGCCCAAGGCAUGGGUAACUUACACAUUUGUGAAGGCACCAUUAAUGCUGAAAGGUCCAUACAGGUUUUGGAGCAACAUAUGUUGUCAUCCAACCAACGUUAUCACGGAUGCCCCUGCUUAUUUCAGCAACACAAUAUCAAGCCACCUGUUACAACAGCGUGGCUUCAUAGUAAAAGAGUGCGGGUACUUUCCUGGCACGCAUGGAGUCCAGACCUGUCUCCCAUUGAAAAUGUGUGGCGCAUUAUGAAGCGUAAAAUAUGACAGCGGAGACCCCGGACUGCUGAACAACUGAAGCUCUACAUAAAACCAGAAUGGGAAAGAAUUCCACUUUCAAAGCUUCAAAAAUUAUUUUCCUCAGUUCCCAAAUGUUUAUUGAGUGUUGUUGAAAGAAACGGUGAUGUAACACAGCGGUGAACAUGCCCUUUCCCAACUACUUUGGCACGUAUUGCAGCCAUGAAAUUCUAAGUUAAUUAUUAUUUGCAAAACAAAAUAAAGCUUAUGAGUUUGAACAUCAAAUAUCUUGUCUUUGUAGUGCAUUCAAUUGAAUAUGGGUUGAAAAGGAUUUGCAAAUCAUUGUAUUCCGUUUAUAUUUACAUCUAACACAAUUUCCCAACUUAUAUGGAAACGGGGUUUGUAGGAUUUUGACACACUUCCAAUCCCUCUCAUAUACCGAGAGGCUUUGAGGUGAUGAUGAUGCAUUCUAUGCCCUCGCAGACGCACAAAUACAAACACACGGAGGCUCAGACUGGCUCACAGUUUGCCAUUGCGUGCUGUGUAAGAGAGAGUGGGAGGGAAGAUUAGCUUUAAAGUCUAGCUAAUGUUAUGUCUAUUACUUAGCUAGGAAAUCGGCUUGGAGCCAAAAACAAUCACAACAUGUAUCCUGACAACUUUAGUCCACUAGUCUAUGUUUGCACUUUAUCAGAGAAAGAACAUUUUGCAUGGACACCAGUGACGCUAAUCACAGUGCUUUCUCCCUCCUUGCCUUUUACACAUGAACAAAACAAAUGUGUUUGGUAGCAUCAUCAUUGUAAAACAUGUGUACCUGCUAUUUGUUGAAUAUCUUGCAGUGGAUUCCAUUAGCUGUCAAAGCUAUGAAUGUAUACUUGUAAUAUGAGUCGUAGUGUCCUGCAUUGUUUUGUAUGGCAGUUUUCCGUAUAAUCAUGUCUGUGGCCUUCAUAAUGACUGAGGUGCCAACUCAUGUUUUGUAAGUCCCAAUAUGACAUCGCCAAUAAGUGUGAAAUAAAGAGAGCUGCUAACUAAA